AGUUUCCUGAAAAUAUUAUGUUCUUUGUGUUGUUUUAAUUUUGAUAAUCGAUUGUAUAUUAAAAUGGUUCUAAAACCGAUGUGUUACUUGAAGGGCACUGAAGGACAGUGCAUGAAACCCUUGUGACUAUGACCAAGAAGUUCUGCAUAGAUGCCAAGAGUAAACAAAGAGGCAGUCCAGCCCACAAGAAAACACUGGAGAAAACGGCCAUCUCAUUGGAAGGUGCACAUCCUUACACUUUCACACGUGGGACCGCUGCAUACACCAAAAUGAUGUGGAUCACUUUAUUUUUGUAUCUUCUUGCAUCAUCAGCUGUGAAUACCUGCAGUACUCAUCGUAAUGAUCCUGCUAUAUUGACUAGGGAGUCUGAGGAUGUCUCUCUCCAAGGCCAAAAAGAGCAUUAUCACAGAGACGCAGGCAAAGACAUGUGCACUAUGCCAUGUGAAAUGACUGCAAAGCUAAUGCGUGAUGAGAAACAUUCCUUGUGCAGUAACCUCCAGCAUACCAUAGUGUCAUAUACAAGAAACACUAGGAAGUUGAUCAGUGAUCUCAUUGAUGAACAGCAGAAAGCUUUGGAAUUUCUCUCAAGUCAGAUAAUCGAGCUCAUGGCCAAAGUAAACACAUUCAGUUCAGAUGUGCAGAGAAGCAACAGUGACAUCUUUUCCGUGAAGCCUAUGGAGUCCCACGGGAAAGACUGUAGUGACAUCCAAGAGACACUAGGUGCCGUGUCUCCAAAAAUCCCUAGUGGAAUUUAUAUAAUUCAGCCAGAAAACACAGAUGUUUCCUUUGAGGUGUUCUGUGAGAUGGAUUACAUGGAGGGCGGAUGGACAGUAAUACAGAGACGGACGGAUGGUCUCACUGACUUCAAACGAAUGUGGUCACAGUACUUGGAUGGAUUUGGACACUUACCGGGUGAACACUGGUUGGGUUUGAGAAAGAUCUUCAAUAUUUUGAAUCAGAGAAACGCACGUUUCCAGCUGCACGUGUCUCUGGUCUCACAAGAUGACACCACCGCCUAUGCUUCAUAUGACAAUUUCUGGCUUGAAGACGAAACAAAAUUCUUUGCAAUACACCUUGGCAGAUAUGCUGGUAGUGCAGGUCAGCCAAUAACAUGA